AUGUUAUCAUUGAAAAAUUAUUUUGUCAAUUUAAACAUAUAUGAAUCAUCGACUGAUUCAACAGCAACCGAUGAAGAAAAAGAACAUCAACAUCGAUUAAAUAUUAUCUCAACUCGAAUGUUUUUUAUUGUUCUCAUCAUCAUUCUAAUUGGACUCGCUAUUAUUAUGAAAACAAGAAGUCUAAAUACACUUAUAAUAGUUGAAAGUCCAAGUGAAGAUCAAUUCAUAAAUUUACCAUCUAAUGCUUAUUGUCCAUGUUCUCAUAUAUCAUUAUCCUAUGGUGAAUUUAUUUCAAUUCAAACUCGAUUUCAUCAGAUAUGUUCAAGUGAUUUUAUAUCUGAUCGAUGGAUUAAAACAAUUAACUUUGGUUUAAAUACAACGUAUUUUUCCGCUUAUGACUUUCGAACAGAAGGGAGUGCAAUAUUUCAAUCACUUGAAAGUUUUUGUCGACUUUCAAAAGAUUAUGCUAUUCAAAGUAUUGACUCAUUUAAUAAAGAUUUAUUUAUAAGUCAAGAAGUUUUAAAAGAAUCUGUAUUUCAAUCACAAAUAAAUUUCAUUACUCAUGAAUUUCAAUUAUCAUCACUUAUUGAAUUCACAACAGAAUUAGAAUUAAUACGAAAAUUGAUAGUCGGAAACCGUUUUCUAUCUGCUCUUCACACUGAUUAUGUGUCAGGCUAUACGACUGUGCAGGACGUUGGCGUUCAACUUCAGACAAAUAAUCGAAUUUUCCCGGAUGCACGGCGUUCCACAUGUUAUUGUCGGACCGAAAUUGAUUGUAACGUGGAAUCAAUGAUAUUUGAUGAAUUCGGACAAACUGAUCUUGAGUAUCAUCCGCCUGAUAAUAAAACAUUAAUGAAAAUUCCUGGAAUGUUGCAUAGCUGCUUACCAGUAAAUACAAUUCUUCUCUCAACAUUAGAAUGUUUUUAUAAUCAAACAUGUUUAAAUAAUCUUGUUUCAUUAUUACCUACGACUGAAACUUUUACAGCAAUGUCAGAAUUCGAACAAAGUCGUUACAAGUUAAAUUCAACAAUACAAACUAUUAUUGACAAUUUAAUGAUUGAAGAAUGGGUGAUCAAUAUUUCUUAUAAGAAAUAUUAUGACCAAUGUGCUCCUAUUUCAUGUACUUAUUUUGAGGAUAAGAAAUAUGAUUGGAAAUUUGUACUGACACAAUUAAUUGGUUUAUUAGGAAGUUUAAUAAUGGUAUGUAGUUUGAUCAUAGAAAAUAUAGUUGGAUUCAUUCAACGACGAUCAUCUCAAAACACAGAAUCAAUAUCUUAUCGUCAACAAAAAACAAUUCAUCAACCAUCAGAAUUUCAAUUUAAAGAACUUGAAAAAAUUUAUUCUUCAAAUCUUUAUUGUCCAUGUUCAACAGACUCAAUGAGUUAUUCAACUUUUAUUACGAUUGAACCUUACUUUCAUCAAGUAUGUUUAAGUGAUAUUACAUCAGAUGCAUGGAUUAAUUAUGUCAAGGGUGAUAACAUCCGGAACGAUUACUAUUCAAGACUUGACUAUCGACAUUCUGGUGUAUAUCAAUUCCAAUUAUUGUCAAUGUUAUGCCAACACGCUCAACAAACAGUUAAUAUUAGUAUCAAAACAUUUCUUCAAACACAAUUUCUUUCUUCACAAGUCAUCUCUCAAAAUCGAUUUGAAACUAAAGUUAAUUCAACUAUUAAUGAUUGGAAAUCUGAAACUAUCGAUCAAUUUUUACAAACAAUUAAAAUGUUUCAAGCUGUAUCACACGGAAAUCAACUUAUGAGUCAACAGUUUAUUUAUUAUAUGGACUCGAAUGGUAUAAAAUUGAAUCUUAAAGUACAAGAAUAUUUAAAUUGUUCAUGUACUCGAUCUUCAUCAUGCCUUUUCCCUAUCGUCGAAGGAUUAAUGAAAUCAACUUUAGAAUGUUUUUAUAACCUAUCAUGUAUGAUUGAAUUAGAUCGAUAUUUUUAUUUUCCUCUUGGAUCAUCUUUUAAUUUUUCACCUUUAAAUGAAAAUCUUAGUCCACCAAAUGAAACAAUUGAAUCAAUUAUCAAUAGACUUAUGAUUGAUUCUUGGACAUCAAAUAGUUCAUUUUCUUCAUAUUAUAACAUAUGUUCUCCAUCAUCAUGUGCAUAUGAAUAUAUUAGUCGAAAUGAUUUAUUCUUUAUUAUAACAACAAUUCUUGGUAUUUUUGGUGGUUUAUCUCUUGGAUUAAAACUACUUACUUUAAUUAUUCUUCGAUUUAUUGAGAAUACAAUUAAUAAUAAUUCUUUUAAUGGAUUUAUAACAAUGAUAAAAAACUUAUUUGUAUGUAAUACUGAAAAACGUCUUAUUAAUCGAUUUCAUUUCAUUUUUCUUUUAUUAAUAUUAUGUGUAAUAUUUAUAUUUUCUGCUUUUAAACCAAAAUCAGUUACUAUCCAAAUAAUAAAACCAUCACUUUCAAAUUAUAAAGAUUUAUUAAAAGAUCAUUAUUAUUCUCUUCAAUGUUCUUGUUCACAAAUAUCUAUUCCAUAUGAAACAUUUCUUAAUAUUGAACCUCAUUUUCAUGAUUUAUGUUCAAGUCAAUUUAUUUCUGAUGAAUGGAUUUAUUAUCUUUAUGGUGAAGGUAAUCUUUUUCAUCGAUUUUCAUUCGAUGAUUAUCGUUAUUCAGCUCCUGGACAAUUUCUUUUACUUUCUUCAUUUUGUAAACUUAGUCAAGAAAAAGUAAAUCAUACUCUUUCGCGUUUAUUGGCAAGUUAUUUUAUUAAUUCUCAGCUUUUAUCUGAAAAUCAUUUAAUUGAACAAAUUGAAAUAAUUCUAAAUCGACUUCAAUCAACUACAUUCAAUUCAUUUCUUAAUCUUUUAAAUUUAAUUCGUGAAAUAAUUGGUUCAAAUAUGAUUAUGAAUGUAUGGAGCACUAAUUGGGAAUAUUCUUUUCAACCUGAAUUUAUUUUGCAAGUUGCACGUACAGAACCUGUAAAUUAUGGUGAAUGUAAUUGUGGAUUAUCAUUUAAAUGUACUCAAUCAUCAGGAGGUAUGAUGAGUGGUUGUUAUCCACUUGAAUCUAUUCUUCAAACAAAACUUUACUGUUUUUAUGAUCAAAAUUGUAUUGAUUCGAGUGGAAAUUUUACAAGUUUAAAUAUGUCAACAUUGGAAAAAAGUCAAUUUAAUUUAAAUUCAACAAUUGAAUCAAUUUUAAAUAAUUUAAUGAUUGAAGAAUAUAAAACUAAUUUAUCAUAUGAAAAUUAUUUUAAUCAAUGUCAACCAUUAUCCUGUUCAUAUUCUUAUAUUAAAACUCAUGAUAUAACUCAAACAAUAAUAUCUCUCAUUUCUCUUUAUGGUGGAUUAGCUAUUAUAACUCGUUGUUUAACAAUUAUUUUUGUUAAAAUUUAUCAACAUAAAAAAAAUCGAAUUAAUCCCGAAGCUCUUCAACAAAAUAUUUAA